AUGACAGAAUCUGGAUAUUUUAACAUGGUCGAACCCACCUCAUCAGCUCCCGAAUAUGACCUCAUGGAAGACUCUGGAGUGGUCUUCGAGGAUGAAGAUAAUUACCCAGAUGAGACUCCUGGUGAACGUCUCGGCGCUAUCUUUGAAGAUGACGAAAACACUCAUGAUGAGACUGGAAUCGUCUUCGAGGAGGAAGAGAGCACUCCAGUAGAAACGCCAGAAGACCGCCUCGCAGUGAAGAAAUUAGAUCUCAAGAAAUGCGCUGAAGAUAUGGUUUCUGAGCAUUCUGAAGCUGUGGCUCUCGCUGCAUUGGCAAAGAAAAUCGAAUCAGGACUCAAGGAAGUCAACUCCAAGUUACUAGAGAAGAACGAAAUUGUUCAAUACUUCAUUAAGAGAAAUGGACAAUUAUCAACUGAGAUUCGGGAAGAAGAGACCAACAUCAAAUUCUUCAAUCUGGAGUCAUCACUCGGUAUGAAGACACUAGAAUGCGAGCAAUUGUCCGAAGAGAAUCAAAAAUUGGCAGAGAAAGUCAGACUUUAUGAAGAAGCCGUGAACCAUAAGGGCAAAAUCGACGUUGGUGCCUUGCUAGUCGAAAACUCUGAAUUGAAGCGCAAGCUUGAAAACACAUCUCACCCAGAUUUCGACUAUGGUGCACCUCUACACGAAGAACUUCAAAGUGAAACCACCUUUGUCAAUCCCGAAGGCCAAAUUUCGGAGUGGAAAGAAAAUCCCAAGAUCCAAGAAUAUAUCGCCGAAACUGUUCGCUCUGCACUUAGCCAACAGCGAAAAUCGAUGAAGCAUCUUUUCUUUGUCGGCCAACGUGUCCGAAACCGUUUCCUCGAAAGAAACUCUGCAUACGAUCCCAAAGCCAAGGAACGCAACGCUAUUUACGAGUUGGGUAAUUCAAGCGUUUAUAAUGGACGACCUAUCACUGAUGCCACUCUCUUCUCUCAUGUCCCGGGUAUUGCGUUCGAAAAACGUACAGAUGAGGAAACUUUCAAGGAACUGUACUGGGCAAGCUGGCAAACCGUCCUUCGUCUUCAAGAUUGCGCCGAAUUUAUUGAAAUGCUCCGCUGGCAUUCAUCUGUCAAGGCCUGGCGCAAAUCAGACUACAUGGAAACCGAAUUCUUCAAGACCUGGACCAAGAACAUCGACACAACAUUCGAGGACAUGGAUCUCGACGCCGUGCGCGAAUAUUGCGGAAACAUUACCCGUAAGAAGCUCAAGGCAUGUUAUCUCGAUGAGAAAAGAAGAAACAUGAAGGUUAGACGAAGCGUGGGAUUGGGAUCAGGCAAUGUGGGUGUGUUUUUUGGAAGCGGGAUGGAGAUGAGGAUGGAAGGAGGUAUCGUGAAGAGCUUGAUUAGGUGGACCAUGUUGGCUUUGAUUAUGCUUUGUCAAUUCAUGCUCUGGAUAGUGUGGUGGGUGGAGCAAAAUGAUUGGAUUAGUUCCGGUUUGGAAGAUUUGCUGGACGUGGAUUUCGAGAUUGAUCUUGAAUGGUGUGGAAUGGGAACAUUGGAUGUGGAGACGGAAGAUAUGUUGGUGUGUGUGAGAACUGGGUUGAUGCUGGGUUGGUUGGUGGGCGAGUGUGCAGCGCUUACUGCACAGCGACGAGGUUGGAAUUGGAACUGGAAUUCCCCACGCGUUGAAAGCUCCUUACGCAGUUUGUGCUUUUGGAAAUGA